AUUUCAUCUCACGUUGCCAAUACAAUUAACCAGCCCCUGACCUACUAACACAGAUCAUGAGACAGUAGCCACCUUGAGAGGAAAAAGCCACGGGAGGAGAGCCAGGUACUUCGCAACUUGGAGGAAUUUCAUCGACACUGUUUUCCUCUUUAGCUGAUGGGAACCCCCAACUUCUUCUCUGUGCUUGAUACGCGGCGGAAACCGGACCAAACCCCCCAACCAGGGACUAAAAGAGAUUUCCUCAUCUCAAGUGGAUUAAUCCAAGGUGGCAGUUACUAUUGCUGCAUCCCAGCAUGAUGGUGUACACUUAAAGACCUGGCAUCAUGUUCACAGUAGCCAACAGUGAUAAUAUGCAAUCCAUCAAGCAAGAGGUGGACUCCAGUGAGUCCUACAGUGGAGAGGACGCCCUGGUCCUGGCUUUACAGGGGACUAACGAAGACGCUAUAGGCCCCAAAAUCCCCGGUAUUCCUUUCAAAGCGAAAAGUUCCUGUCGCAGGAAAAGAGAGUUCAUCCCAGAGGAGAAAAAAGACACCGUUUACUGGGAGAGGCGUCGCAAAAACAACGAGGCGGCCAAGCGCUCCAGGGAGAAGCGGAGGAUAAACGACAUGGUGCUGGAGAACAAGCUGAUGGCCCUCGGAGAGGAAAACGCCUCCCUCAAGGCCGAGCUGCUGUCGCUGAAGCUGAGGUUCGGCCUGGUGAGCCUGGCAACAUACGCCCAGGAAGUGCAGAAGUUAUCCAGCUGCCCUGCCGUCGACCUCUACCAGGAGUUUGCUUCACCCAACGCCGGCCAAAGUUCAUCCGGCAGGGCUUCGGAGCCUCUUCACUUGCGCAGCACCUGCAUAUCAGUCAUCAAGCAUUCCCCCCACACGCUCGAGACACGCACUGGGACCAAGGGCGGUUUUGAUAUCGGCAGGCCUGCAGAGGUCAAGCAGGAACCAGCAGAGAACGGCGGCUCUGCACAAGAGCCAAGUAGUCCCUACGAGCUCUACAGAAACUACACAGCCAGCCCUUUGUCUGCGGCCUACUCCCAGCCUGCCUCCUUCCUGCAGCUCACCAGGUCCUCCAGUGACUCCCCCAGGAGCUCAGACGACAGCGCUGUGAGCAAAUCCUCAGAUGGUGAGGACGAGCAGCGGGUCCCCAAAGGGUUGAAGCCGCCUGCAGCUGACCCGAGAAGUGUCAUUGUCUCCACACACAAAGUGCCAGAUGCCAGUCCUUCGGCAUUGCCCCAUAAACUGCGUAUCAAAGCCAGAACCAUCCCGAUCAAAGUGGAGGCCGUGGACCCUGAAUACGAGUCUUCUGAAAGGUCCUCCUCUCCCGUCAGGGUUUUUGAGGGAGGAUGCUACCAGAGCACCCGGGACUCUUCAGAGUGUGCCCAGUUGUCCCCGUGCCCUUUGUCAUUACAGGUCACCAACAUGCAGUACUGGAGCCAGCCGUCUGAGCAGUGGCCUAAAACCAGCACAGAGCCCCCGCAGAAGGGCUGCCAGAGUAGUAGACUAACCCCGUGCCCUGUCUCAAACAAAAGCAUUCAGUCCAAUGUGCACUUGCAUGCUGAGGACUUGUAUCUAAGACCGGGCCCCGCCUGCCCAUCUGCAACAGUGGCCUCUCUGAAAAGACUGAUCCCAGCACAGCAAGGGUCCGGGACCGAGUCAUCCAACAGCCCCACUGAUCGGCAUGAGUCAUUAGCACCAGGAUGGUCCUCUGCAUGACCUCUGUGUUUUAGUUUUUGCAUUUCCACUGUAUUUGCUGUUGCACUGUGUGGUUCAUGUUGGAGUUAAACAAUGUUUCCAUCAUCGUAACUUUUCAGACAGAAGCUGUUCAGUUAGUUAAGUUGGUGAGCAUGAGCAAAGGCUGUUGGCUAGGAUAUGCUGGUUUAAAAACAGUUC